AUGGCUACAGCCUUUGCCCCGAAGAUGAGCCAGGUCCUGAUGACUCCCGAGCCCCACUACAUCCCUGGCUACACUGGUUACUGCCCUCACUACAAGUUCAGCAUGGGGAAGACUUACGGGCAGCAGACCUCGCAGCUCCUGAGCAGCCCGGAGGUCCCACGUCCCAGCCAGCUGGUGCUGCUGCCAACCCGCUGGUCCUGCCGAGGCACUGAGCCCCCAGACCUGCCAGGAGAGUCGGAAGCCUGCGGGGAGGCAGGUGCUCAGCCCCUGAGCUCCAUCGUCAUCCCUGGGUAUACAGGAUUCAUCCCCAGAAGCCAGCACUUCUUUGCCAAGACUUUCUCCGGGGACUACAAGGAGGCCAGGAGUGACUUUGCUAAGCAAAGGCUGAGAGCUGCUGGCACGGAGAAGGCCUGGCUGAAGACGCAGCCGUUGCCGCAGGACCCCGCUCAGGAGCGUGACGACCCCUCAGCUGAGCCAUCGGGACCAGGCUGCUGCCAGCGCCACCCAGCACCAGCAGCAACAGCGUUGGCAGCCUCUGCGCCCCGUGCGUGGCUGCAUGGUUUCCAGCCACAGCGCUCCCCCUACUCCAUGGAGGAUGACGACCCCCAGAAAUAUUUCAUGUCAGGCUUCACGGGCUUUGUGCCCCGUGCCCGGUUCCUGAUUGGGAAAAGCUACCCGAUUACCACGAACCGGGCCCUGCUGGAGUUUAGCCACAUGGCCCUGAAGAAAGGUGGCAGGAGUGAGACCAAGGAAGGCAACACCACCCUCCCACCCCUGGGAAAAACCUACCCAGUGGAGACAGGCCUGCUGCCUAGCUACGCAGGCUACGUCCCAGGUUACAAGUUCCAGUUCGGUCAUACUUAUGGUCACCUUACUCACAACGCCCUGGGACUGAGCACCCUCGAGAAGCAGAUGCCAGACUAA